GGAGGCCACUAAGUCUUGUACAAGUAAUUUCGGCACUCCAUUGCUAGAGAUAAUUGGGAUGGCGCACAUGCUUGAUCCAACCCGCCCGUUGGCUGCAUUCCUCCCUCGGUCGGCAGCAUCACACUUGUAAUCGUAGGGACGAAUCCGAUCCACUUCGGUGCUACAGUACUUCGUGCAGCGCAAUAGGUAUCCGUAGGUACUCAGGUGGGAGAUGGGGUUGUGUCUCGUCCUGGUACCUUGCCGUCGGCGUGCUUGUAUACUAUUAUUUCGGCGAUGCCCAAGCCCAGACAGACCCACUUUCUCUCUCCAAGAUGUGCCCGAUACUGCAGCGGUACAUGACCUCGUGGCUGCAACCAAAAGUUCGAUUCUCCCGCGCCCCCGGCACAUCGUCACCCGUCCACUUGGGCGCCGCUGGACUGACCGUAAAGAGCGCUGCAAGAGCAAUCUUUGUUGCAGAACGGUUGGCGGUUGGCGGGUAAGUGAAAGGCGGCAGGCGGGCGGAGCUGCAACACCCAGAAUGAAAGGCAGCAACAUUCGCUUCAUGU